AUGUUAACUCAAAGGAAUCCUGGCGUUUAUGAAAUCGAGGAUCUUACGGGUGCUAUAGAAGUCGAUCUUAAAGAAUCAACCUUCCACAAAGGUCUUUUUACCGAUGGCUGUAUAAUGAUGUUGGAGGGCCGAUCUAUUGGUGGUGUAUUUCGUGUUAGUGCUGUUGGUCUUGCACCAAUUGAAAGUGCCAAGAUGACAAGAAAUUACUUUGGAAUAACGAAUUGGUUUGGUGGUAAGGGUACCGUUGCCUGUGGGUCGCAGAUUCGACUUCGUACACUAUGCGAACGAAAUGAUAGAGCAAGGUUCAUCCUUAUGUCAGAUGUAUGGCUGGAUGAUUCAAGGAUAUUGAAUGCAAUCAACGAACUUAUAUUUGCUUUCACAGAUUCCCAGCUGCUUGCAUUCAUUAUAUGUGGUAAUUUUUGUUCUCAGGUGGGUACAGCUGACGCAUAUCAUCGCAUUUAUGAUGGAUUUAGCCACUUGGCAGCUAUUUUGCAAAAAGAUGUAUUAGCUGAUCGUAAUGUUCACUUUAUAUUCAUUCCUGGUCCAGAUGAUCCAUCGCUAAAUUCUAUACUUCCACGGCCACCGUUACCAUUUGAACUUUUUGAACUGAUGAAAGAUGUACCUAAUUGUUCGUUUGCAUCAAACCCAUGCCGUAUACAAUACACCAAUCAAGAAAUUGUCAUCAUGCGUCAUGAUUUGGUCGAAAAAAUGUGCAGAAAUAGUAUUCAUAUGCCGUCGACCACUGCGGACAUUCCAGAACACUUCUGUCAUACAGUCGCUUCGGUUGGUCACUUAUCGCCACUACCGCUGCAUAUAUCACCUGUUAUUUGGCAAAUGGAUAGCUACCUUACAUUGUACCCAUUACCGGAUCUUGUUGUCAUCGCGGACAAAUUCGAACAUUUCCAUUACCAAUUAGAAGGCACUCUUUUCGUUAAUCCAGGGUCAUUUGCUCGUACUGACCUCAAUUUUUAUGUAUAUUAUCCAGCGUUGCGUAUUGUCGAGGUAUGUUCUGCUGAUCGGAAAGCUACUGGAGGUCCUGAAUAA